AGACUCGCCGAGCUUCCGCUGACUGUAGCGGCGCGGGAGCAGCGAGGGCGGGCAGCUGGAGCCACCGCGGCGCGCGCCCCCCAGUCCGCCUCCCCAGCCCGGGACUGGACGCCGAUAAGAGGCCCCGGACCCCGGAGCCGCCGCCUCGGUAGCGCUGUCCGAGGCCCGCAGUCGAGUGCGGGCCCUGGCUGGACCCGGGGAAAGCAUCCUACAGCGCGGUGAGCCCUGAGAGUCAUUUUCUUCCCACGAAGAAUUUUUAAACGAGCAGGUUACUAGAGGAAAAAAAUGGCCACUGGUCGUUCACCGUGUUUCUACAUAGAAGAACUUAAUAAAUACCAACAAAAGAACGGUGUAGAAGUUAGGUAUUGUGAACUGGCUAAGACAGGACCUCCACAUAACUAUAGGUUUACGUAUCAAGUUAUAAUAGAUGAUAAAGAAUUUCCAAAGGCUGAAGGUAGAUCAAAGAAGGAAGCCAAAAAUGCUGCAGCCAAAUUAGCUUUUGAGAUAAUUAACAAAGACCGUAAGUCAGUUACUUUUUCUUCUCAGCUGACAACAAAUACUCCAGAAGGACCACCCAUUGAGAAUUACAUAGGCCGUCUUAAUACGAUCUCCCAGAAGAAAAACCUAUGUGUAAUUUAUGAAGAAUGUAAAUCAAAGGGUGAUGGGCCCGAAGGAUUUCGUUAUAAAUGCAAAAUUGGACAAGAAGAAUAUGGUAUUGGUGUAGGUUUCACUAAACAGGAGGCAAAACAGUUGGCUGCCAAACUGGCUUAUGAAAAGAUAGAAUCAGAAACAAUGAGAGCUGACCAAUCCUCUGAUUGUUUCAAUGCUGUGUCUGGUGAUGUCGAAAGAAACUCUCAAGCAAUGAGCACAUCUAGUUCUGAAUCACCAUCUGAAAAUGGCUUCUCAACAAAUGCCUCAGAAAGAAGUGAUAACAGUGACACAAACAGCUCUUUCCUGUCUCCAGGGGACAGUUUCAGAAAUAAUGCCAGGAAGGUGAAGAGAAGUUUGGCGCCUAAUUUUUACUCUCCUAUGAGGACAGAAGAAAACAGUUACAGUGCAGACCCCAGGUUGGUCAAGGAUUUCACAGAAGUAACACCAAUUGGCUCAGGUGGAUUUGGCCAAGUUUUCAAAGCCAAACACAGAAUUGAUAUGAAGACUUACGUUAUUAAAUGUGUUAAAUAUAAUAGUGCGAAGGUAGAGCGUGAAGUGAAAGCUUUGGCAACACUUAAUCAUCCAAAUAUUGUUCACUACUACAGUUGUUGGGAUGGGCUUGAUUAUGAUCCUGAGAAAAGCAUCAAUUCUUCAAGACCAAAGACUAGGUGCCUUUUCAUCCAAAUGGAAUAUUGUGAUAAAGGUACGUUGGAGCAAUGGAUUGACAAAAGAAGAGGCAAGGAACCAGACAAACAUUUGGCUUUGGAGUUCUUUCAACAAAUAGUAACAGGAGUGCAUUAUAUACAUUCAAAAGACUUAAUUCAUAGAGACCUUAAGCCAGGUAACAUAUUUUUAGUAACUAUGAACCAAAUCAAGAUUGGAGACUUUGGACUUGUUACAUACCUGAAAAAUCAUGAAAUGCGGACAAGUAAAAAGGGAACUAGGCGAUACAUGAGCCCAGAACAGCUUUCUUCUGUGAAAGACUAUGGAAAUGAAGUGGACAUCUAUGCUUUGGGGCUGAUUCUUGCAGAGCUUAUUCAUAUAUGUCCCACUUCUUUAGAAACAUCGAAGUUAUUUGAAGAUCUAAGGAGUGGCUACUUAGAUGUAUUUGACGGCAAAGAAAAAGAUCUUCUAGAGAAAUUACUCUCAGAGGACCCCAAGGAACGACCUACCACAUCUGAGAUACUGAAGAGUUUGAAGGAGUGGAAUAAUGUUACAGAAAGAAGGAAACGAAACACAUAUUAGAUACUUAAAAAGUAUCCUGCUUCUGAUAAUUCCAUUUUCCUAUAACUGUCUAAAAUCUGCUUGGGAAUAUUGAUGGUAUUUAUCUUCUAUUUUCAUUUUUUCUCUUAAUUUUUUUUUUUUUUUUUUGCCACAUUUGCAGAAAGGCUUACAUUUUUUCUUACUUCAGAAACAUUCUUACAUUUAACUUUCCCAUGGAUCAUCUUCUUAUUAUGAAAAUACCAAAAGAAUCCCUCAAAUUUUCUUUUUAAUGCCAAUCAGUGAAUCAGUUAAUUAAUGAGUGUUUAUUAAAUGCCUAAUGUUUCUAGGCAAAAAUA